AUGACGAGCCAACCCUCCGGUAGCCAACCUUAUAGAUCAACAACUGGCAAAGACCACCCUUACAUCGCCAUCAUCAAGAACGUGCCAACACACUUAAAUUUCUUGUUAGAUCAUCCUGACGUUAAUUACGAUGCUCGGAGCACCAGUCGACCCAAAUUGCGUGAUAUGAUGGAACUCUUCGGGUUUAAGAUCAACCUUCCAAAAGAUGCCGACAAGACCAGAGUCGUCAACAGAUACCGAAACGAUUUCCUACCUGGUCUUUUGCCGUUUCUUUCUCGAUCUGAACGCGCAAACUCGUCUAGCGUACCACUAUUAUCAAUCACUAGCAAUCCAGGCCCUACCCUCUCUCAAACCCCUGGGGACCCGGAUCUCUCAAUGCGGGAUUCGGCGGCUAUGUAUGUGGACCCAAACGCCAAGAGUUCAACCAAAAGCGUCCUUUUCAGUUUGAUAUCACCACGCGUGAAAGCUCAGUUCAUCCUUCCCACGAUGAGUCGACCCGAUAUGGUCAAGCUCUUUCAUAAAUUUGUUAACAGCGCUUCUCAAAAACCCGCGCCAUGUACAAACCCAGAAUUUGUCAAUCGCCCCCAUGCUGAGGUUACCGGAAGCAUUAGUGGUAAAGACCGCGACGUGAUUCGCCACGCAAUUCAGUGUUAUGCUCCGCACGUUUUUGUACCACUUGUUGUGUGCAACAUGCCUGUCCUCUUGAAACUCUACGAGCUAUUUGUACAAGGGAAUGAGGACGCAGCAAAAGAUUUAUGUGAAGGUGUCCAUUACCAACUUAUCAAUCCGAACGAGCUGAAAUUGCAUGAGCCACAAGAUGAAGAAGAGACUUUCUAA